AUGCAUGACCUUUCUGAGCCUCCAGUAGAAACAACUCUGAUGAUUACUCAUCUAGAAGCAGGAGUCAGAGUUACUAAGGUGGACUGGCAGCAUUCAAAAAACGGUGCUGCCCACCACACCCAGGAUUACCCUUGUUCUGAGCUGGUGGUUCGCAGGGGCCAGUUAUUCAGCCUCAAGCUGGGUCUGAACGGAGUCCUGGAGAGCGAGGAGGCACUUAUCUUCACUGUGGAGACAGGGCCCCAGGCAUCUGAGGCACUCCACACCAAAGUCAUAUUCCAGACAGCAGAGCUAGAGAUAGGUGACAACUGGUCAGCUGCAAAGGAGGAACAGACAGAGAACUCCUUGACUGUCAGCCUCAUCAGUCCUUCCAAUGCAGCAAUCGGCCGAUACCUGCUGAGUGCCAGGGCCUCUUCCCGCCGGAAACACAGUGACCGGAAGCUGGGCGAAUUUGUUCUCCUGUUCAAUCCCUGGUGUCCAGAGGAUGAUGUGUUUCUGGACUCAGAAGAGGAGAGACAGGAGUACGUGCUUAAUGACAGUGGCAUCAUCUUCCGAGGCGUGGAGAAGCACAUCCGAGCCCAGGGUUGGAACUACGGGCAGUUUGAGGAGGACAUCCUGAAUAUCUGCCUCUCCAUCCUGGACCGAAGCCCCAGCCACCAGAGUGACCCAGCCAACGAUGUGUCCCAUCGCCAUGACCCUGUUUAUGUCACCAGGAUCAUCAGUGCCAUGGUGAACAGCAACAAUGACCGGGGCGUGAUACAGGGCCAGUGGCAGGGCAAAUACGGUGGUGGCACCAGCCCACUGCGCUGGCGUGGCAGCGUGACCAUUCUGCAGAAGUGGUUCAAGGGCAGGUGCAAGCCAGUCAAAUAUGGCCAGUGCUGGGUCUUCGCUGGAGUCAUGUGCACAGUCCUCAGGUGCCUGGGGAUCGCGACCAGAGUGGUAUCCAACUUCAACUCAGCCCACGACACUGAUGGCAAUCUGAGUGUGGACAAGUACGUGGACUCUUUCGGCCGGACCCUGGAGGACUUGACUGAAGACAGCAUGUGGAAUUUCCACGUCUGGAAUGAGAGCUGGUUUGCACGGCAGGACCUGGGCCCAUCCUACAACGGCUGGCAGGUUCUGGAUGCCACGCCGCAGGAAGAGAGCGAAGGCGUGUUCCAGUGUGGCCCUGCCUCAGUCAACGCCAUCCGCGAGGGAGAUGUGCACUUGGCCCACGAUAGUCCCUUCGUGUUUGCCGAAGUCAAUGCAGACUACAUCACCUGGCUGUGGCAUGAGGACGAAAAGAGAGAACGGGUAUACUCAGACACAAAGAAGAUCGGGAGGUGCAUCAGUACCAAGGCUGUAGGCAGCGACUCGCGUGUGGACAUCACAGGCCUCUACAAGUACCCAGAAGGGUCCCGGAAGGAGAGGCAGGUGUACAGCAAGGCGGUGAAGAAGCUGCUCAGCGUGGAAGCCUGGGGGAGGAGGACUCGAAUCCGCAGGGUCAGUGGGCGUGGUCUCUGGCGUGAUGACCUCCUGGAGCCUCCCGUCAAGCCCAGCAUCACUGGCAAGUUCAAAGUGCUGGAGCCACCAGUUCUGGGCCAGGACCUGAGGUUAGCUCUCUGCUUGACCAACCUCACCUCCAGGCCCCAGCGGGUGCGAGUCAAUCUGAGCGGAGCCACCAUCCUCUAUACCCGCAAGCCAGUGGCAGAGAUCCUACAGGAAUCCCACACAGUGAGGCUGGGGCCACAAGAAGAGAAGAAGAUCCCAGUCACAAUAUCUUACUCUCAGUACAAAGAAGACCUGACAGAGGACAAGAAGAUCCUGUUGGCUGCCAUGUGCCUUGUCAGUAAAGGAGAGAAGCUCCUGGUAGAAAAGGACAUUACUCUAGAAGACUUCAUCACCAUCAAGGUGCUGGGCCCAGCUGUAGUGGGAGUGGCAGUUGCAGUGGAAGUAUCAGUGGUCAACCCCCUCCUGGAGAGCGUGAAGGACUGUGUGCUGAUGGUAGAGGGCAGUGGCCUUCUCCAAGGACAACUCAGCAUUGAUGUGCCCAGCCUGCAGCCCCAGGAGAGCGCGUUGGUCCAGUUCAACAUUACCCCCUCCAAGAGUGGCCCAAGGCAACUGCAAGUGGAUCUCAUCAGCUCCAAAUUCCCAGAUAUCAAGGGCUUUGUGAUCAUCCAUGUGGCUACAGCCAAGUGA